AUGACCACUCCUUCCCAGCCGUUAUCUUACUUGACAUCAAAAUGCGUUGCACUCUACAUGGAUCCAAACAAACGGUUACAACUCUACCUACGCUGCCCAUCUUUCGCUAGUGCCCACAAAAAUCAAGCCAUGAGAAUCAAGAAUCUGAAAGUGCGACCAGAACACUUUGAGAUCGAUGGAACUAUCUACAGUCUAGGAGUGAUUACCCAAUACACGGACAGACCGAAUCCGAGAUCUGUUGUUUUGGACAACGCUAAAGGAGGAAUCCAAGAACACGUUGACAUCUACGGUCUCCCGCCGAGACGGACAGAAGAUGAGGAGGAAAAUGUUGAAUUAGAUAACGAUGAAAUUGCCAGUUUAAGGGAAUUGAUCGCCAGUAUGGAGCAAGAUCAUGCGAGACGAGGAAUACCUGGAAAGCCUGGAAGUCGUAUUAAAAUUCAGAGAAUGAAUUUAAAAGCGGAAGCAUAUAACAUGCGAAUCAAUAACACUCCGCCGCCAUACCGUCAUUAUCUUCAAUUGACUAUUUCUACAGGAAAAUUAGUCAAAAUGGAGCGUGUGGUUUAUGACAAACAAUUUGGAAUUGGCAAAGAAUACAUUGAAAAAAUGGUGUUUGGCAUCAGCAAAAUUCAAGUGGAACACCUUCAAAUUGGCGCUGACAAAUAUCUUAAUGAUUCGGAUAACAGACUCGGUAUCGAGUACGGCCCUCCUCGUCACGAACCACUUUUCGCCUACACACCACAAACAGAUAGUGUGAAACCAUUACUUUCAAUUCAAAGUAUAGAAGUAGGCGUGCUGAAAGUCACUGGAAUUCUGACGAAUGCGUUGGCUAGUCUCAGACCUAUUUUGUCUCAGGUCCCAUUAAGAACACUAAUAGCGGCUCCUUAUCAAAAGACUUUUCCCGAGGACCCAAUUGUAAACAGAGCACAAUUCCUUCAAAUCGAUGGGGUCUCGCCAAUAAAUGUACUAAGUAACCGUCCACACGACCGAAUUCAUCUCGGUUUAACUUUUAAACAAACUGACGAUGAUUUAAUCAACUUGGUAAACGAAUGGAAGAAAAGGAAGAUCCGAAUUGGAACCUAUUACUCGAUAAGAGAUCGCUUUGAUGGCUUGAUUUUGACUAUUUUCCAAACGUUUAGAAACAUUCCAGGUGCGAAGUUUGGAGAGAACGAAGAAACCAGACUGACAGCAUUUCCGGAGUGCAUCAUUGUCCCGAUGGGAAACGAUACGGAGCUGAAUGUCUACCGCACCGAGCCGAUUGAAGUAGAGAGGGACUCCUACAGUAGUAUUGUGAAAAUAAAAUGGCAGCCAAGAGGAUAUGCUACAGCUAACGAGGAUAUGUAA